UCCCCCCCUUUGCAGGUCCUGCUGCUGCAGACCCAUUUUACUGGAGACCCUGAUUUUGACAGCUUUCUGAAUUGGUGUUGAACAUCAAGGAGUUGAUAGUUGGUGGAGGAAUGUUACUUUUGCCUUAUUUAGUACAUGCUAUAUGAGGUGGUUCAGUUUUGCUGCAGAAUGACGAUGAGUGAUCUACGCUGAAGUCUGUUGGGGCCUAAAGGAAGUGGAAUUGGUUCUCUUGCUCGUGGUGUCCUGAAAAUAGCUAAAACGGGUUCCCUUUGUUGUGUGGCCGCGAGGCCGCAUGGGUCAAGUGCAGCCAGUGGAGACUGGUCCACUGAUCCAGACGAACCUUAUUGGCAGACUAAUUCAAGCUUCUCCCCGCCUCCUUUGGGAUGGGAUUUUAGAUUUUCAUCUGAAGACCUGCCCUAUGAAUCCAAUGCUCGCAACCAAAUUUAUAGGUCCUCAACAUCCUCGACAGUCAAAGAGGCUAGAUUGAUUAGGGCCAAUCCCUUUUAUAGUCAUCAGUAUGAUGGUGCAGUGCCUUUGGUCAGUAGUCCUGAACAUUCUCAUGGUCCACAGUGGGCAGAGCCAGUGGUACAAGAACUUAGUUUUGAUGACUAUGAAGCUGCUACAAGGAGAGUUUCUUCUUCCUCUUUGUGCCUUAUAGCUGAAGUUCUUGGGAAAUUCCCCUCCACGCCAACUAUUGAGGGAACUUCAGCAAACCGAGGGAGGCUCUCUUCAUCAAAUUCAGACGUCAGCGACUUUGAAACUUCCUUCAAGUCAUGCCUAUCUUCACAUUGCAAUUUCUCUAGCCGCAGGUCCUUUUUGUCAAAACCCAUUCAUCCUUUGUCCUUCCCCUUCCAUUCCCCCGGAGAUGCUUCAACCAGUCAAAAAGAUGCAUAUAGCCGGAGAAGCAGUGCUAGCAGCAGUAGCACUGAUUUUGCAGACGUUUGUGAAACACUCGAGUCAGCCAAUCCAGGUCGUUCAUCAUCUACUUCCUCAGAUGGUUUCAAAUGUGGGUUGUGUGAAAGGUUCCUUUCACACAGAUCUCCUUACAGCUCUCGCAGAAUUGUGCGAAGUGGAGACAUGCCUGUCGCUGGGAUUCUCUCAUGCCGCCAUUUCUUUCAUGCUGAAUGCUUGGACCAGAUAACCCCCAAGUUGCAUAAAAGCGACCCGCCAUGCCCCAUCUGUUCCAGAUUUGAGGAGGGAGAUUCUCCUGAUCACAAGAUCUUUGCUAGGUUGAGGAACAGCUUCCCAAAGUUUAGAAGGCAAUUGCUCGAGGAAGGAGCUCUGCAGGUACCACCGCGGAAUACCAUGUUGAUGCUAAACCGUCGUCGUUUGAGUUCUGUUAAAGGAAACUCGGUGAAAGCAUUCCCAGGAAAGCUCAGGAAUGGUGGGCUAUACUCUUCACAGCUAUCGGGCUCUCAUUCCGCUGAUGUAGGAGCUGUUGGAUGCUCAAAGGCGGCUACCGGAAGCCUCUAAGCAUUUAGAGUUGCUGCUAGUCACUUUAGCCUGUGCUUGAUGCCUGCCAAUUGGCUAGUUUUAAAACAGAAAUUGUAGAUUUGUUGGUAAGUGAGAACAAAAUUUGAAAUUAUUGGGUGUUCUUGUACAGAGAUUCUCUGCCUUUUU